AUGAGGAGGUGCCCAGGGCUGGCAGCCUGCAUCGCACUGGUAUCCGGAGAGCGCAGUAGCAGCAUUCCACCGAGCUGCUCCGCCCUGUACAACUGCCUCACGCAGCUGUUUACAAUGACAGCGAAGGCGUCUGCUACAGAGGCUGAUGUUAAUCCAAAGGCCUAUCCCCUGGCAGACACCCACCUCACCAAGAAACUACUGGACCUUGUUCAGCAAUCGUGUAACUACAAACAGCUUCGGAAAGGAGCCAAUGAGGCCACCAAAACGCUGAACAGGGGCAUCUCUGAGUUCAUCGUGAUGGCAGCAGAUGCUGAGCCCUUGGAGAUCAUCCUGCACCUCCCACUUCUGUGUGAAGACAAGAAUGUCCCCUAUGUGUUUGUGCGUUCCAAGCAGGCCCUAGCGCGGGCCUGUGGGGUCUCCAGGCCUGUCAUUGCCUGUUCUGUCACCAUCAAAGAAGGCUCUCAGCUCAAGCAGCAGAUCCAGUCCAUUCAGCAGUCUAUUGAAAGGCUCUUGGUCUAAACCUGUGGCCUUAGC